UCUAUUUAAAAGUUGCUCCCCAGCCCACAGAAGGGGAGAGAGAGAGAGCCACCAAUUUCUCAACAUGGAGGCUUAUACUAGCACCGGAAUGAAGAAGGCCCUCCUGCUCCUGAAUUGCAUCCUACUCGCCAUCGGCAACUGUGGCGGUCCGUUGAUCAUGCGCCUCUACUUCACCAAAGGCGGCAAAAGAGUAUGGCUAUCGAGCUGGCUAGAGACCGCCGGUUGGCCUAUCAUGUUCAUCCCCAUCAUCAUCAACUACAUCCACCGCCGCGCCAAGGAUAGCUCCACAACCACCAAGCUCUUCUUCAUGAAACCUCGUUUGUUCAUCGCCUCUGCCGUCAUCGGCAUCCUCACCGGAGCUGAUGACUACUUAUACGCCUACGGUGUGGCUCGCCUGCCUGUUUCAACAUCGGCUCUAAUCAUUGCCACCCAGCUGGCCUUCACAGCAGGCUUUGCCUAUCUUCUUGUUAAGCAAAAGUUUACUUCCUACUCGAUAAACGCAGUGGUUUUGCUGAGUGUUGGAGCUGGAGUUUUGGCCCUCCACACCAGCAGUGACCGUCCAAAUGGUGAGUCCGAUAAGCAGUAUUAUCUGGGGUUUUUCAUGACACUUGUUGCUGCGGCGCUAUACGGUUUCAUCCUACCGCUGGUGGAGCUGACAUACAAGAAGGCAAAGCAGGCAAUUAGCUACACACUGGUGAUGGAGAUUCAGAUGGUCAUGUGUUUUUUUGCUACUGCUUUCUGCACCGUAGGCAUGCUGUUUAACAAUGACUUCAAGGUAAUUCCAAGGGAAGCAAGAGAGUAUGAACUCGGUGAAGCAAAGUAUUAUGUGGUACUGGUAUUCAGUGCCAUACUUUGGCAGGGUUUCUUCUUGGGAGCAAUAGGAGUCAUCUUCUGUGCUUCAUCUUUGUUUUCUGGAAUUCUAAUUGCUGUUCUACUCCCAGCUACAGAGACAUUAGCUGUGGUAUUCUACCACGAAAAAUUUAAGGCCGAAAAAGGGGUCGCCCUGGUCCUCUCUCUUUGGGGAUUUGUUUCUUACUUCUAUGGUGCGAUAAAGCAUAGUAAGAAAAGAAGUCAAACUCGAUCUCAGGCUCAGCAAAUAGACAUGACUCAAAAAAUAGAGAUGACUCAAAUUGGAACUCCAUAAACAUGAUUGUUUGAUUAUAAGCCCGGUAAACGGGAGGGUUGAGUCAGGUUUGGAUCAGGUCAAAUAUGGACGGAUGAGAUAUCGGUUGUAACAAUCUAUAUAUAAGAAUUACUGCUAGUAUCCUUAUCAUAA